AUGGACAACUACGCGACGAGGAAGAAAUGCCGAGGAUGCGGUGCGCCAGCGCCACGCCGGGCGACAACAUUCAAGCAGGACAAGGACAAGUACCAGAAGGCGCGUCAGGAGAAUGAUACUGCCACGCCGCACAGCUUGCAGCUUACCCAGGCGCGCAUCGCAAAGGAGAAGGCAGAGAAGGAAGUCAGCAGCAUCCAGGACGAGGUGCAGCAGUUCGAGCAGCAACUUGCGAACGCGCGCGAGCGGCUGGCCAAGAAGCAGGAGCAGUUCAGCAUCGGCUUCUUGGAGGCGGUGCAGAAGCGGUACGAUAAGGCAGUCGACGGCAGCGGCGUCUCCCCGGUCGAGUACCAGCAGCUGUUCGCCCAUCUCGGCAAGGUCAUGGCCAACGCGAAGGAGGACCUGGGAGCAACGGUGGCGGAGUCAACCUCGGACCAGGACGUGACGGGCCCAAGCUUAGACAAGGUGAACAAGAUUGGCUCAAGCAAGGUGGAGUUCCUGAAGGGGCCAGUGAAGAGCAAAAGAAGCGGUGGAUCGAGAUCUGCACCGGCCUGGCCGAGCACUCAGUCAAGCGGCAGAGGCGUUCCUGACGCUGCUCACAACCAGAAGAAGUAUGACAAGCUCACGGUCUGGACGUUCAACGGUUCGGGCUGGGGCACGAUCGAGGAGAAGCUCAGUGAGAAUGUGCAUGGGGCCUUGCAGCGCUACGCCGUGCAGGGCCAUCACCUCGCGGACGACAAGUGGCCUGCGGUGAGGCGGGCGAUGAAGGCGCAGGGUUGCCAAGUGGGCGGUGCCGCAGCUGUGUCGACAACGCCGGCAGCAGGCGAGGCGGGCUCGUCAGCUGGAGCAGCAGUGGCGGUACCGAGGUGCGCGGGGAUGACCUGCAUGUACGGCCAGGACAAGUGGGGCAUCUCGCCGAAGGGAAGUCCUGGCCGAGCAGCAGCGGCGUGGGCAUCGGCAGGCAAAGGCGUAGUCAUAGCAUCAAUGUACUUGUGGACGGCGGAGGGCAUGUCGUAUCGGAACAGGGAGUUGGCGUCGCACGUCGUGGGGCAGCUGGUUCUCGCUGAGGUGGACUCGCUAAAUAUUGCCAAGGCGUGCGUCAUAGCGCCGAAUGCGGCGUGCGGGACGUGCAGGCAUGCUCACGGCAACAGCGAGAUCGAUUACUUCAUCGUGUCCGACUCGGUGAAGGCGCAGGUCGAAGGUGCACGGGCGCAGGAGGAGUGGCCAUCUGCGCCGCGCAAGCCCGUGGGCGCCACUAUCAAGCCGAAGGUGGUGGAGCGAAGAGUACGGGUCUUGGGGAAGCUGAAGCCCCUGCCAGAGUUGCAGAUCGGCUGUGCGCCAACGCCGCCGAGCUACCAGCAGGCAGUUGGGCAAGCGAUAUGGUGGAGGUGGUUGUCCAGGCCCUUGCGCAACUUGCAGGGCGCUUGCGCGAGGUUGCACGCGACGACGGAGCGCUGGGGCAAGCGCGUGCGGGGGGCCAAGGAGCAGGAGAGGAGAGCGCAGAGAGACAAGUUGCAGGGGCUCUAUCAGGAGGCGGCCACCAAGUCAAAGGAAGCGGACCAGCAGCUCACCAAGGAAAUGCGAGCGAAGUGGGCAGAGGACCUCGAGGCGGCGGCGGCGGGCUCGGCGGGGGGCCUGCGCAAGCUGAGCAAACCGGUGGCGGUGCGGCGAUCGAGGCGCGCAGACUCGACGGCGAAGUCAGCGGGCCCCUUGGCUGCGGCGGAGUUUGCGCUGAAGGAGUGGAAGGCAGCGUGGCGCACGGACGAUCCGAUGCAGCAGCAGGAGAGACCGUGGGAGAUCGAGGCCAGGGAGCAGCUGGGCGAUUUCACGGGCGAGGUGGAGAAGACGCUGGUGUUGCCUGUGCACAUGGGAAACGCGUUGUCUUUCAUGAUCCCCAAGACGUUCACCGCGGACAGGGAGAACCAGGGAUCGUGGGACUGCACGAGUUUCGGCAAUGCAGCGGGGGACGCAGCCUGGGGCGUCUUGCUCAGCCAUGAGAUGGACGACCCAGACGUGCAAGACGAGUACACGGUUGCGACGAUCACGGCCGUUCUCGACUUGGUCAAGGCGCUCGGGGGGGUUGGCCUCUUCGUGCUCUGGGGGGCUGGCGAGCAGCUCAAGUUCCACACAGGGGUGCUGGCGGUGGUGUGCUCGUACUUCGCCAUGGCGAGAAGGCCCAUAGUGGCGGAGUCGGUGCCAAGCGAGACGAGCACGGUGGCGACCAUCAUUGCAGGCAGCAAGUUCUCGGUCAGCUUCGUCAAGAUGGUCAUCCAGUCGACGGUUGACGGUCUGGCGGUCGAGAGGCCCGUCGCCAAAUGGAGGAUGUAUGUGGACGACUUGUGCGUCAGGCUCAGGAGGCAGCAGCAGCGCGUAGUGGAGGAGUUCACGGAGACCUUGGACGCGUGCUUCGAGGGAAUCGACAAGCUGGGCCUCGAGUUCUCGGUAGGAACAGCUGGGAAGGGAGCCGUUAUGGCAAGUACUAGGAUGGUGCGGAAGGCAGCGGCCAAGGAGAUGCAGAAACGUGGCCUGCCAGUGGUGCGAGCGCGCCCAUACUUGGGGGUGGAUCUAAUCGCAAACGGGUCGGCGGCCAAGUCGAAGAGCAAGAAGCGCUUCAGCGGCAUGCUUUCGCGGGCGAAAAGGCUCGUCAACCUGAAAGGCGGAGGGCGCAAGAUGCAGAGAGGAACCACCUUGGUCUACAAAUGCGGGCGGAAGAGGUCGGUGCUGUGCGGGUGCAAGUGCUUGGUCAUGCCAGACCAGCAGUUGCGGCUACUACGACGUGAAGCUGGACGUGCGUUGCCAGGAGGACGUGGAGCUAUGAGUCCCACGCUGCAGGUGGCGGUUGCGCAGGGGGGGGCCACCCUUGAGGUCGCGGAGGCGCCCAUAGUGCAGUGGGCACGUGCAGUCUGGCAUGCAGAGCUGAUUCCGAGUAUCUACACGGAAGGAGCUGUCAUCAUGUCAUUGAAGAGGGCGGAUUGGACGUGGCCAGCCUGGCACACCAUGCGCACGAAGGAUGGGCAUGUCUUCAACCUGAUGGAGGUGUGCCCCAUGGACGUGGCGGCGAUGAUGCAAAGAGACAUCCAGACCAAGCUUUGGGAAGGAUGGACGAAGGCGCCCGAGCACAGCAGCCUCGAGCCGGCGCCGUGCAUCGCGCCCGCGGUGUCGCAGUUCAAGGCGCAUGGUUUCCCGGGGCGCGCUAAGAGCGCGGCGAAGAAGGUAUUCAUCGGUGGCAUCUGGGCGACGCUCAAGCUCUGCGAGUGCAACAUCGUGCCGGCUGACAUCUGCCUGGGCUGCGGGAACGCGGCGGGCGCACCGCGCCGCGGACUGUGCAGGUGCGAGGCUUUGAGGCAGCAGAGGCUCGAGGCACAGGCGGACUGGCAGCACGUGGCGGAGCAGCAGGAGGGCAGUUUACUGUGGGCGCGUGGUUUGGCAAGGAGCCCUGAGGCGGACUGGCGCUUCGUCGGAGCUGGCGAGGGUCAGUGCCAAGGGGCAGUGCUCGAGGGUGACGAUAAUGUAUUCGCGGGUGGCAUCGUGUGA